GUGGUGACUCUGGUGGCCGCGUUUGCGCCCUGGCCAUGAGGAUCCGGAUGGCCGUGAGGUGGACCUGGGCAGGCAAAAGCUGCCUGUUGCUGGCGCUUUUAACAGUGGCCUAUAUCUUAGUGGAACUCUCGGUCUCCACUUUGCAUGCCUCUCCAGCAGCCGACCUUGCCAGGGAGCGGGGGCCAAAACAGCUUUCAGACCCCUGGGAAAAGGCAGAGGAUUUGUCUCGUCCGCUCUACAAGAAGCCCCCAGCCGACUCCCAUGCACUUGGGGAGUGGGGAAAAGCCAGCAAACUCCAGCUCAGCGAGGGUGAAUUGAAGCAGCAAGAGGAACUUAUUGAGAGAUAUGCCAUUAAUAUUUAUCUCAGUGACAGGAUUUCCCUGCAUCGCCACAUAGAAGAUAAGAGAAUGUAUGAAUGUAAAUCCAAGAAGUUUAAUUAUAGGAGACUUCCCACCACCUCUGUUAUCAUUGCUUUCUAUAAUGAAGCCUGGUCGACUUUGCUCCGCACCAUCCACAGUGUUUUAGAAACUUCUCCUGCGGUCCUUUUGAAGGAAAUCAUCUUAGUGGAUGACUUGAGUGACAGAGUUUAUUUGAAGACACAGCUUGAAACUUACAUCAGCACUCUUAAUAGAGUGCGCUUGAUUAGAACAAAUAAGCGGGAAGGGCUGGUUAGAGCCCGCCUGAUUGGGGCCACUUUUGCCACUGGGGAUGUCCUCACUUUCCUGGAUUGUCACUGUGAGUGUAAUUCUGGUUGGUUAGAACCACUUUUGGAAAGAAUUGGUAACGAUGAGACGGCAAUUGUUUGUCCUGUUAUAGACACCAUUGAUUGGAAUACUUUUGAAUUCUAUAUGCAGACCGGGGAGCCCAUGAUUGGUGGAUUUGACUGGCGCUUAACCUUCCAGUGGCAUUCUGUCCCCAAACAUGAAAGGGACAGACGGAAAUCGAGAAUUGACCCAAUCAGAUCACCCACCAUGGCUGGAGGACUGUUUGCUGUCAGCAAGAAAUAUUUUCAGUACCUUGGAACAUAUGACACUGGAAUGGAAGUGUGGGGAGGUGAAAACCUUGAGCUGUCUUUUAGGGUGUGGCAGUGUGGUGGUAAAUUGGAGAUCCACCCGUGUUCCCAUGUGGGCCAUGUAUUCCCCAAGCGGGCGCCAUAUGCUAGACCCAAUUUCCUACAGAAUACUGCUCGGGCAGCGGAAGUGUGGAUGGACGAGUACAAAGAGCAUUUCUACAAUCGAAACCCUCCAGCAAGGAAAGAAGCUUAUGGUGAUAUUUCUGAAAGAAAAUUACUACGAGAACGGCUGAAGUGCCAGAGUUUUGACUGGUAUUUGAAAAAUGUGUUUUCUAAUUUACACGUUCCAGAGGAUAGGCCAGGUUGGCAUGGAGCUGUUCGCAGUAUGGGAAUCUCUUCUGAAUGUUUAGAUUAUAAUUCUCCUGACAACAACCCCACAGGUGCUAACCUUUCCUUGUUUGGAUGCCAUGGUCAAGGAGGCAAUCAAUUCUUUGAAUAUACCUCAAGCAAAGAAAUAAGGUUUAACUCUGUGACAGAAUUAUGUGCAGAGGUUCCUGAGCAAAAAAAUUAUGUAGGAAUGCAAAAUUGUCCAAAAGAUGGGUUCCCUAUUCCAGCAAACAUUAUUUGGCAUUUUAAGGAAGAUGGAACCAUUUUUCAUCCACACUCGGGGCUGUGUCUUAGUGCUUUCCGGACACCUGAGGGUCGACCUGAUGUUCAAAUGAGAACUUGUGAUGCUCUAGAUAAAAAUCAAAUCUGGAAGUUUGAGAAAUAGA